AUGCCAACGACAGCAUCCUCACCACCCCGCCAUGCCUCUCCGCCAACAUCUCUCUCCAUCCCGCCGUCCACGGCCGCCCCGACGCAGCCUCACGCCAUCACGGCGCAUGCCCCCCCCGCGCCGCUCCAGCAGACGCUCCCCUCGCAGGAAACCCAGCGCCACGUCGCCGAGGCCCGCGCCGCCGUCGUCGCCUCCAUGGGCAACCUGAUCGACUCGCAGCUCCAGUCGCGCGCGGGCAUCCUGCACGACAACGCCGCCGCGCUGGACAAGCAGGAGCGCGACGUGGUCCGGGCGACGGAGGGCCUGCGCCGCGAGACGGAGAAGCUCGCCCGGGAGGCGGACGCGGCGGCGAGGAGGGUCAAGGAGCUGGGCAACGUGCAGAACUGGGCCGAGGUUCUGGAGAGGGGAUUCCUGGUGCUCGAGGAGACGGUGCGGUUGGCGAAUCGCCAGGAUGGCGGGAGCGAGAGCGGGAGCGGGAGUUGUAGUUGUAGUUGUAGUGAGUGCGGGGGCGAUGAGAGCGGCGGCGGCGACGAGGAGGAGGAGGAGGAGGACGACGACGGGGAGUAUGGCGAGGAGGGCAUGAUGGAUGUGGACGUUGAUUUGGCGAAUAGUAUGCAUCGGGAUGGGAAUAAGGUGAGCUUGGAGGCGAGGUUGGCGGUUGGCGCGGAUGCCGAUAUGGUGACGACGGAGGCCGAGGCCGAGGAGGGAGGGAGGAGCACCUGGUCGGAUGCGAGCAGGAGCUUGAUGGAGCCGGAUUCGAGUACGGGCACGGGGAGGGCCAAGGGGUCCGAGACGGCGAGCUUGUCGACGGAGUCGUAG